UUAAAUUAUAGUCAGAGCGGUUCGCAGCUGUGUUGAGUUGAACCAGAUACGAGAACUGAAGUGAAGUCUCUCUCCCCCCCUCUGUCUCUCUCUCUCUCUCUAUCUAUAUAUAUGUAUGUAUAGAUAUGGCGAAUGAAUGUGGAAUCGAGAGCUACGUGGUGGUACACAACAUAGCAAAGAGGCACAACGUGGGCACGCUGGCGCGGAGCGCGACGGCGUUUGGCGUGUCGGAGCUUAUACUGGUGGGCCGCCGCGACUUCAAUGCCUUCGGUAACCACGGCUCCGCCUCCCACCUCCGCUUCCGCCACUUCCAUUCCCUCUCCGACGCCCGCCUCUUCCUCAAGGAAAGAGAUUGCGAUAUAUGCGGGGUCGAGAUCACGGACGAAGCCAUUGCCGUGGAUCGACACCCUUUCAAGAGGAGCACUGCUUUCCUUCUUGGCAAUGAGGGAAUUGGCCUAUCUGCUAAAGAAUGUGAGAUAUGUGAUUUCUUUGUUUAUAUUCCACAAUAUGGAUGUGGCACGGCUUCACUAAAUGUUACAGUAGCAGCUUCAAUUGUUUUACAUCACUUUGGAGUUUGGGCAGGAUUCUCUGAGAGAACCCGUGACGGGAAUAAGUUUGUUGUAGCUGAAAGGCCUGUGAAACAGGUGAGACGGAACUACUGUGCAGAAACGGCAGAUUCUAUCGUUGAGGAGCGAAAAUUGAGAAGAGAAAAUGCGUCUAACGGAUUUUUUGAAGAGAACGGAAAGAAUGAUUCAUCUGCUAAUCUUCUGGAUGCACUGUUUGCGGAUCAGUGAGGAAUCAAAUACAUUAUGUUGCUUUUCCUGAUGUUUGGCACCCAAAAUAAAGAAGGCCGUUUGCUGUCCGGGCCUUCAUUUUUUGCUGCCAUGUUUCAAGAAACAAAGUAUACACAGAGCAAUUACACCAGAAAAGACCUUCACUGGGGAAACAUGCUGUGGGUUUAAGCCGUCAAGAAACGUUUAUGUUAAGAUCUUUGUAUAAUUUUUCUUUGGAUAAUGGUAGCAAAUGGGAGAUGCCGAGGAUUUGUAUCUUUUUUACUCCUCAUUUUGAUUAGUUUGCAGCUGGGAGUAUCACUUGUGCAAGCCCUAUUAAGUUUUAGGGUGGAUGAACUAUGGAAAAUUGAAACUAUGAUGUGAUUAAUACUUAUUCAUAAAUGAGUUACUUCUGUAAA